CAUGGCCCUUGUCUUAGCCAAUAGUUACUAGUGAAACAGACUUACAAGUGGACAGACAGUGAAGGUCCACGAAUUUCGCAUCCUUCCAACGUCCGCCACUUUCCCACUCCUUUCCAAUAUGUUUUCCUCAACCUACGAUCAACUCCAUCGAUCUAUUCCUAACGUCGAUAGCUAGGCCCCGCCCAAUUGAAUGUUCUUGUUUGUACUCCACUAUUCCGCCAACACUCCGGAAGGGCGGAUCCAUCCAUCGCAAGCCCGUGUUUUUUCUCCAUGAUCUAUAUGCCCAUCCCACCCUCGUCCCCAAGAGUGGGUAGGCAUGACCCGCUUCCCACGGAAGAUUGGUUCCAACGCCUGUCCCGAUUCCACCAGGACAACCAGGACCACGACUGGUUCACGGGAUCUUUGGAUCCGGUCCAUGACGACUCACUCAAUUCUCCCGAAGAGAUCGUCUCUUGGCGGGUCUUUGGGCGUCACAAUGGCCGGCGACCGCCUUUAAAAUCGCUCAAAUCCUCCGCACGGCCCGCCGUGGCUCGAUUGGAACCCGUCCUAUCGGCCACCGGUACGCCCAACUUGAACCCCACGGACUCCAUCACCACCGUGGAUUCAUCCAUUACUUGGCCAUCGUCCGGUGCCUCGGCCAGGGAUCUCGGACCCUUGCCGACCCUCUCAAGUGGUCCUUUGAAAGUGGGCAAAGGUCGUGGGGCCCGUCGACAAGAAAUCCGGGCGCAAAUCCAGGCCACUCAACCGAGUCCCGGGAUGAUAGGCACUACGCAAGAAAAUACCGAUCCCAAUCCUCCACCAGGGCCUGUGGCAGGAGAUACAAGACCCGCUACCCGAGGGUUAGAAGCCUGUGCGGCCUUGUUCAGUAGCCCUCUACCAGCAAACCAUCUUCCAGCACCAACUCAAUCAUUGAAAGAAGUGAAGCUGGGCCGAGGUCAGGGCAAGCGAAUAAAAUACUGACCUCAAGUUUCGCGCUAUUGAAAGUGUUACUGUGAAUUUCGGGGAUCAAAGCUAAUCAAUUUUUGAGAAAGCUAAUAGCGUCCUGAUUAGGCCAAGACAUAUGUUCAGAAUAAAAGCAACAUAACAAACAA